UAUAAGCUGAUCGCUGGAAUUAGGCAAGGGAAUGUUACUUGUCUUGAAAAUUCGACAUGGUCUUCAGCUCCGAACUUUUGUCAGAAAGUUCGUUGUCCAGCUCCAGAUGUUAACAACGGAACACAGACACCGAUGCCUAGACCUGGAGAGGAGACCUAUGCGUUUGGGGACAGAGUUACAAUUGAAUGUGAUUUUGGGUAUGAUCUCAAAGGCAGUAUCAACGGAAAUGCUCAGAUACGCUGCAAACAUGAUGGCACAUGGGAUCCUGCCGUACCAGUUUGUGAACCAGUUUGUGCCCAACCCCUGAACAUCUCCCACGGCCAGUACAAUGACUGGGGCAAGAGAGUUUUUUUUGUUGGCUCAUCGGUAACUUACAAAUGUGACAGAGGCUUCUCACUUGUUGGAAAAGCCUCCAUUCAGUGUAUCUCUGGUGAUGAGGUCACUCCAACCUGGAGCGAGCCUACCCCUCAGUGCGAAGAGACUCAGUGUCCAGUCCCACAUAUUCAACAUGGAAGCCUGAAAUCUCCACUUCCACAUAACUAUACACACAGAACCAGUGUCACGUUUCAGUGUGAUCCUGGUUACAUCCUCAGGGGCCAUGAUAGGAUUCAAUGCCAAGCUGAUGGCAAGUGGUAUCCGCAGCUACCCGUUUGUGACCUAGUUUGUGCCCAACCCCCGAACAUCUCCCACGGCCAGUACAAUGACUGGGGCAAGAGAUUUUUUUUUGUUGGCUCAUCGGUAACUUACAGAUGUGACAGAGGCUUCUCACUUGUUGGAAAAGCCUCCAUUCAGUGUAUCUCUGGUGAUGAGGUCACUCCAACCUGGAGCGAGCCUACCCCUCAGUGCGAAGAGACUCGGUGUCCAGUCCCACAUAUUCAACAUGGAAGCCUGAAAUCUCCACUUCCACAUAACUAUACAUACAGAACCAAUGUCACGUUUCAGUGUGAUCCUGGUUACAUCCUCAGGGGCGCUGAUAGGAUUCAAUGCCAAGCUGAUGGCAAGUGGUAUCCGCAGCUACCUGUUUGUGACCUAGGGAGAUGUUCCUACCCGCCAGUACUUGCGUACGCUGACAGAAGCGAUCAGAGAGAGUUUCUAGUUGGUACCGUAGUGACCUACUCCUGCAGACCAGGUUACAGACGCAUCCCUGGAGUAUCUCCUCAUGUGACUUGUUUUACAAAUUUUACCUGGUCUAAAGUCUCAGAACUAUGUCAGAAGACUCGUUGUCCAAAGCCAGUGGUUGAAAAUGGAAAACAAAUCUCUCCAGUGAAAACUGAAUAUACAUAUGCCAACCGUGUUGUGUUUCAAUGUGAUCCUGACUACAUCCUCCGAGGCAGUGAGGGGAUUGUGUGCCGGAGCGAUGGGAUGUGGCACCCUCCAGUACCAUUUUGUGAUAAAUCCUGUGGCCGACCUCCAACUCUCAUGAACGGGCUGCACAAUGGUGGGAUGAAGGAAUAUUUCCCCUAUGAAUCUCAAGUGACCUAUAGCUGUGGAGACAGUUUAUCACUGAUUGGAGAGUCCUCCAUUUAUUGCACAUCUGAUGGGGUAAAUAUGAUGUGGAGCGGACCUGCCCCGCAGUGCAAAGUGGUUCGCUGUCCGAGGCCAGAGGUUGGAAAUGGAAGAGUGACGACUACAAGGCAAGCGUUCACAUACGGUGUCACUGUUCGGUUCUCUUGCCCGGAAGGCUACCUGCUCCAUGGCAGUCGAGUGAGUCAGUGUCAGGAUGACAACACCUGGAAUCCUCCUGUGCCAAGUUGUCAGCCAGUUCAGUGUUCAAAGCCAGACGUGCAGAAUGGAAGAAUGGUCAAUGCAUUAGAUGAGAAAAUGUGGUACAACGUAAAUGAAAGCAUUACUUUCAAAUGCUCUCCUGGGUACCAAUUUUCAGACCAUUGGUACUUGCCUACAACAGACAGCUUUAGUAUUACUUGUUCAGCCAACGGCAACUGGACAGCAUUACCCAAAUGUAAAAAGCAAAGCAAUACUGAAGAAUGUGCAGGAGCACGUGAGAGUAAGGAGUUUCUCCAUUGUGACGUGCCUCUGACGGAACUGAGAACCCUGCUGGAACUGAAGAAACUGUAUCUGGAGAUUCAGAAACUGAAGCGGGAGAUUAAAAAAUUGUAAUGACUAGCUGAAAUCUGUGAUCCUAAUUGUGUUAGGAAAGUGAAAGCAAGUAGAGGAACUAGAUUGAACUGUAUGAACUGAAGGUUUAUUUUCAUACAAGCUUCAGACCCUGUGCAGCUGGAAAUUUACAGCAACAACCUUCAGCUUUGCCAUAAUUGCUGCUUACAUUUAGCGUUUAUGCAUUGUAACACACUCAUUCACAGUGAGUGUAUGGCCAUUCUACUGUCUGAUUUACAUUAACCUUAAGGGCAGUGAUGUUCAUAACUCCCUGUGCACCACUGAAAAUCUAAGGGAUAGCAAAGCAAUCUUCCCUGUCCUCUGGAUUUAAACUCAGCUCAGCAGACUUUCUUCCCAGUCUGACCAGAUCUAGUUUUGAUUGAUACCAGUGUUAUUACCCGAGGCAUUUUUAUAUCUAAUCACACUCAAGAGUAGAUGGUAGAAAUUUAACUGUAGAGAAACAGCCUGCUAAGCCAUUUUCCCAUUGCCCAAUAAAUUGACCUAUACCUUUUGUGAUCAAGUCAUUAUUCCUGCAUUCCAGGGCUACAAUAAAAUGCAGUUGUUAUAA